AUGGGCGACAUCCUGACCCAGAUCCAAGACGAGCUCGACAUGCUCCUGAAUCAAAUGUCAGCGGCACUGCGCCAGAUCCGAGACAACGCGCCGCCCAGCGUGCCGCCCGGCCAGCAGCGCCUCGACACGUUUGCCGAGCUCGAAGCGCGCGAAGCCGCCCAGCACAAUGCCACGGCCGACGCCUCCCAGCAGCAGUUUGUGCCACCCCCCAAGCCCUCGCCCGAGCAGUUCCAGGCCGACAUCAAAGAGCUGGCGCAGGACAUUACGCUCAAGGAGCAGCAGAUUGAAAAGCUGAUUGCCCACCUGCCGGGCCUGAACUGGAGCGAGAAGGAGCAGGUGGAGCGCAUGCGCGAACUCGAGCGCCAGCUGGAAGACCUCGAGGGGGUGCGGGUCAAGGCGGUCAAAGAGAAGGACAUGUUGAUGAAGAUGGUCGAGGACAAGAUUGCAGGCGUGGGGAGGGUGCGCUGA